AUGGAGAUGAAUAUGCUCAAAUUGUUUUUAAGUCAUAAUGCACGUUUUUCUGAAGAGCUUGAUGUUCUCCCUCAUAACUUAAGAGUGCUUUAUUGGCGUGAAUAUCCUGGAGAAUCUUUUCUAUUACAAUCCAAUGUUCGUGGAGAUAACCUUGUUGUUUUGGGAAUGCCUUAUAGUUAUCUAGAGGGAUUGAAUGGAGUUGAGAUUUUCCAAAAAUUGACAAUCAUGAAUUUCACUAAUUGUCAAUUCCUAAAAGAAGUCCCUGAUAUUUUAAGGAUCUCAAAUUUAGUGACAUUGAUUCUUGAUGGUUGUGUACGUUUAGAAGAAGUUCAUUGUUCUGUCGGAUUCCUUAAAAAGCUCGUUUAUUUGAGUCUUGAAAACUGUUUUUCUCUUAGGAGUUUUCCUAGAAGCCUCAAGUUGAUAUCUCUAGAAUCUCUUAUCCUUUAUGGCUGCUCAAGGAUUAAGAACUUUCCUGAAAUUGGGUGUCGAAUGGAACAUUUAAAGAAGAUCGACUUUCAAUAUACUGGUAUAAAGGAACUACCUUCAUCCAUUGAACACCUCGUUGGGGUUAGAGAGUUAUAUCUAGCUGGUUGCAAAAGACUUGGGGGUCUUCCAGAUAACAUUGAGCAUUUGAAAAAUUUAGAGUGUCUCAAUCUCAUUGGUUGUACUCAAAUAAAAAGGCUGAGUUCAUUCAUUGGGUGGCUUUUUGGGGUUAAAAAAUUAGAUCUAAGCGGUUGCACUAACCUCAUGCGUCUCCCAAAUAGCAUUUAUCAGUUGAAAUAUUUAGAGCAACUUAAUCUCCAGGACUGUUCACAAAUGGUUAGGUUUCCUGCUAACAGACAAAUGAGACAAUCCAUGCCCUCUAAUGAUGGUUAUUCCUCGUUGUCAUUUCCAAAACUUCAACAGUUGGAUCUUAGAAAUUGUUCCCUAUCAAGAUCAAAUUUCUUUAAGAAAUUUGAUUGUGGUUCCUCGAUGAACCGUUUAGAUCUAUCGGGGAGUGAUAUUAAUAUCCUUCCUCCAUGCAUCAAAAGAUUUGUUGGAUUAAAGUGGCUUUUACUGAAUGAAUGCAAGCAACUUCGAAAUAUUUCAGAACUUCCACAAAAUGUAAAAGCAGUAUAUGCGCGUGGAUGCACGGCAUUGAAAAGAUUUCAAUUUAAUAUAUACCCAGCACUUGGAUGGAUUGACUUGUCCAAUUGUCGUGAAUUGCGUGAAAAUAUGGGGAAUGAUAUGCAAACUCAUUUAAUGAGUGAGGGACGUGUGGAGGACCAUAAAUUUGCAUGUGUGUUUCCAGGAAAUAAGAUUUCAGAUUGGUUCGACCAUCGUCAAGAAGUUGUAAACAGUAAUUCAUGCAAAAUAUAUAUUAAUCAGCUUGCACAUUUGGAUUGGAAGAUCACAAGAAUUGCUUUCUCUGCUGUUAUCGGAACAAAAGCAGAUAUCCCUGAUGUACAAGAUGGAAUAUAUUCGGAUGGACAAGAUGAAGAUAAUGAAAAUUUUGAAAUUAUCUUUGAAGUCAUUAGGGAUGGUGAAAAAAUCUAUUCUUUUGUGGAGGAAAAUAUCUCUCAUCGAUUUCACUCAGAUCAUGUAUGGUUGCAUUAUUCUGUUCCGGAUUCUUUUAAGUUAAAGGGGGAUAAUCUUCAAGUUAAAUUUCAGCUAAGAUAUGAAGAGAAAGUGGAAGAUGUAAUGGAUGGUGAUCAACUUUCUAAGAGACGCCGUGGUGGUGAUGAUGAUAAUGGCUACUUGGAAUCCACUUGGUACCCACAAAAGAGGCAUUGUUCAACCUUGGGCACUUGA